ACUUUACCACUUUUAUAUGUUGCACGCAUCCAUAGCAGAAAACACAAGGAAGACAGAGUACUCCAAAGAAGAAAGAGAAAGAAAACUCCAUCAAAGUGUUUGUUUUAUUUUUAUUUUUAUUUUUAUUUAAAAAAAAAUCCCGGAAGAAGAACUUGAUAUCAAAAAUGGGUGUUUGAUAUUAUAAGAAUUUAGACCCAUAGUAUAGCAUAGAAGAAGAAGCAGUUGAGGUGUGAGGUGAAUUGGGUUUCUUCAGCUCUGCAUGCUAACAACAAGUGUCUUUAAUUUGUGUCAGAGUUUCAACUCUCCAAAAUCUGAUUUUGUUUCCACCUUUGCUGUCUUGCCGCUCUAUCUUUGAGUUUUUGUUCAUAAGUUUCGGACAAAUCCUCAUUACUCAUAUUUUGUGCUUUGAAAAGUCUUUGGAAGUGUCAAGUGGGUGUUCUUGUCUAAGAAAAAAGAAAAAACUGGAGGUUUUUGGGGUCUUGAGGGUGUGGAUAUUGUGGUUCUCAUACUUGUUCAGUUUCUUAGAUGAAGGCCAUGCCCCUAACCUUUGAGGAGUUUCAAGGGAAGGGGGUCUUAGAUUUCUCUACUACUGCGUCUUCAGAUUUAUUGCCUCAGCUUCAUCGUCGUCAUCAUCAACAACAACAACCACCACAAAAGUGGCACACCGGCAAAGAAAAUUGCUAUGUGGGCACUGAGCCCACCUCAGUUCUUGACACUAGAAGAAGCCCCAGCCCUCCCACUUCAACCUCCACCCUGUCUUCCUCUCUCGGCAACGGGGGCGGCGGCGGCAGCAGCGGCUCCACUGACACCACCACCAACACCACCGGCGUGGCGGCAACGGCAGCGUCGGCAGCAGCAGCCUCUGAGAACCCCUCCCACACCGGCUUAGACAUAGGCGAAAAAUGUGGGCUGGGGAUGGAGGAUUGGGAGGGUGUGUUGUCUGAGUCCUCGCCCGGCCAAGAGCAGUCAAUUCUCAGAUUAAUUAUGGGGGAUAUUGAAGACCCAUCUGUGGGACUCAACAAACUCUUGCAGAGUGGGAGUAUUGGCUCCCAUCAGGAUAUUGAAUUCAACGCUGGCUUCGGCAUCGUAGAUCAAGCUACUGGCUUUGGUUUUGAACCCAUUUCCACUGCCGGUUCUGUGGCCAACAUUGACCCGUCUUUACCUAUUCCUUCUUCCGAGUUUCCUUUCUGCAAUGCAAGACUUGGUUCGGUUUCAACUCCCAACCCAAAUCCGAACCCCUUUUUCUCUGCCCCAGCAAGUAAUCUUUUACCGAUUUCGCUGUCUUCGGGCGUGUUCCAUCAACAACAGCUGCAAGCAAUUGAAGCCGCGGAUGAGAAGCCACAGAUAUUCAAUCCCCAGUUCAUGAUAAACCAGAAUCAAGCUCAUUACGGUCAAAACCCGGCUUUGUUUAUGCCUUUGACGUAUGCCCAACUGCAAGAGCAUCACCUUUUCUCGCCGCCACCGGCGAAAAGGCUCAAUUCUGGGUCUCUUGGGGCAAAUUGUCAGAUCCCAAAGGUGCCGUUCUCGGAUUCUGGGCAAGAGCUAUCUGUUCGGCGACAACAGCAGCAGCACUAUAGCCUGAGACAGCCAUUAGCUGUGGAAGCGGGGGAGGCAGCGAGGCAGAAGAUGAUGCACGAUGAAUUGGCGAGCCAGCAGCAGCAGCAGCUGCAGCUCCUUCAGCAGGCGAUAGUUGAACAGCUAUUUAAGGCAGCAGAGCUGAUCGAAACCGGCAACCCGGUACUCGCGCAAGGGAUAUUGGCGCGGCUCAAUCACCAGCUCUCUCCAAUUGGUAAGCCUUUCCAAAGGGCUGCUUUCUAUUUCAAGGAGGCCUUGCAAUUGCUCCUCCAAAUGAACACCGGUAGUAAUUCUUUGCCUUUGUCGCAACCACCACCCAUUAGUCUCAUUUACAAGAUUGGUGCUUACAAGUCGUUCUCCGAGGCCUCCCCUGUGCUUCAGUUUGCCAAUUUUACAUGUAAUCAAGCUCUUCUAGAGGCCUUGGAAGGCUGUGAUAGAAUUCACGUUAUAGACUUUGAUAUUGGGUUUGGUGGGCAAUGGGCUUCUUUUAUGCAAGAGCUGGCCUUGAGAAGUGGCGGCUCUCCGGCUCUUAAAAUCACUGCAUUUACAUCCCCAUCACCACACGAUGAACUUGAGCUCGGUUUCACUCAAGAAAAUCUGAAACAUUUUGCUAGUGAUAUCAACAUUCCAUUCGAGUUCGAAAUUGUAAGCCUUGAAUCGUUGAACUCCGGCUCUUGGCCAGUGCCCCUUUGUGUCUCGGAGACUGAGGCAAUUGCGGUUAAUCUGCCAAUCGGUUCCUUUCCGAAUUACCCAUUAUCCCUUCCUUUGGUUCUCCGCUUCGUAAAGCAGCUCUCGCCCAAAAUUGUGGUCUCUUUGGAUAGAGGCUGCGACCGAACCGAUGUUCCAUUCCCCCACCACAUUAUUCACGCCGUUCAAACUUAUAUAGGCCUGCUGGAGUCACUCGACGCAGUUAAUAUGAACCUCGACGCCUUGCAGAAGAUUGAGAGGUAUGUGCUUCAGCCGGGCAUUGAGAAAAUUGUUACCAGUCGCCACCGUUCUCCUGAUAGAACAUCUCCUUGGAAAAAUAUAUUUUUGUCAUCUGGUUUCUCCCCAUUGAUAUUCAGCAACUUCACCGAGUCCCAAGCGGAGUGUGUGGUGCAGAGGACUCCGGUUCGGGGAUUCUAUGUUGAGAAGAAACAGUCUUCGAUUGUUCUUUGCUGGCAGCGAAAAGAGCUUAUCUCGGUAUCAGCUUGGAAGUGCUGAGAGGAGUAGCAUUUCGGAAAUUGGUUCUACAAAUUAAUUUUCAUUGCUAAGGUGCUUCAUAACUUACUGUUUUAGUUUGAUCCUUUUUUUUCCCUUUUAAUUACCUCGUCUGUGGUUCUCCUAUGCUAAUUGUCUAUGCCCUUUCGGCCUAUUGUUCUCAAUCAAGAAACCAAAUAUUUCUAGUAACUGGAUGGCUAUGUACAGUUGCUUA